AUGGGAACGGAUCCCCUUAUUAUCCGAAAUAAUGGUUCAUUUUGGGAAGUUGAUGAUUUUACUCGUUUAGGAAGAACUCAGCUAUUGAGCUACUAUUUACCAUUGGCUAUCAUAGCCUCAAUUGGCAUUUUCGCACUUUGUCGCAGUGGAUUAUCUCGUUAUGUAAGAUCUGCCGAGUGCGAUUUAGUGAACGAAUAUCUAUUUGGCGCACAAGAAGAGAGAAAAGAAGAUAAUAGUAUAGAAAGACUUCUACGGAACUCAAAUACCCAAGCCAAUUACGUCAACGUCAAAAAGCAAGGAAGGAUUUUGAAACUUAGACAUUUUGAUAUAACAACUAUAGAUGUCAAGCAAAUCGAUGCUAAAAAUCAUGGUGGACUAACGUUUAGUAGACCGUCUACUAGUGACCACUUAAGAAAAUCAUCUGAAAUUGUAUUAAUGUCUUUACAAAUAAUUGGCCUUUCCUUUUUAAGAGUAACAAAAAUCAAUAUUGAAUUAACGAACAGAGAUGUUACAACUUUACUAUUAUUUUGGUUAAUACUACUUUCCCUAAGUAUCUUAAGAGUUUACAAGCGUUCAACGAAUCUUUGGGCCAUCUGUUUUACUGCCCAUACAACUAUUUGGAUUUCAACCUGGAUUCCAAUUCGUUCGGUCUAUAUUGGUAAUAUCGAUGAUGUACCCUCACAGAUAUUUUACAUCUUUGAAUUCGUAAUUACUUCAACCUUACAGCCAAUAAAGCUCACUUCACCGAUUAAAGACAACUCAUCCAUCAUCUACGUUAGAGACGACCAUACGUCUCCUUCGAGGGAACACAUAUCCUCAAUUUUAAGUUGCAUUACUUGGAGCUGGAUUACCAAUUUUAUAUGGGAGGCCCAAAAGAACACUAUUAAGUUAAAGGAUAUUUGGGGCUUAUCAAUGGAAGACUAUAGCAUUUUCAUUCUAAAAGGGUUUACCAGGAGAAACAAGCACAUUAAUAAUUUGACGCUAGCACUGUUUGAAUCUUUCAAAACAUAUUUACUCAUAGGAAUGUUAUGGGUUCUGGUGAACAGUAUUGUAAACCUUCUUCCCACAAUUUUAAUGAAAAGAUUUUUAGAAAUUGUGGAUAACCCAAACCGUUCCUCAUCAUGCAUGAAUUUGGCGUGGCUUUAUAUUAUUGGUAUGUUCAUUUGUAGAUUGACAUUAGCAAUUUGUAAUUCCCAAGGUCAAUUUGUUUCUGAUAAGAUUUGUUUAAGAAUAAGAGCCAUACUCAUAGGAGAAAUUUAUGCAAAAGGCUUACGUAGGAGGCUGUUUACAUCUCCAAAAACCAGCUCUGAUUCAGAUAGUAUCUCCGCAAACCUUGGUACCAUAAUUAAUCUCAUUUCUAUUGACUCAUUUAAGGUAUCGGAACUAGCAAACUACCUUUAUGUGACAGUUCAGGCAGUAAUUAUGAUAAUAGUUGUUGUAGGACUACUUUUCAACUUUUUAGGUGUUUCAGCUUUUGCAGGAAUUUCAAUUAUCUUAGUGAUGUUCCCAUUGAAUUUCUUGUUAGCGAAUUUGUUAGGUAAGUUUCAAAAGCAAACACUGAAAUGUACUGACCAAAGAAUCUCAAAAUUGAACGAGUGCUUACAGAACAUAAGAAUUGUCAAAUAUUUUGCUUGGGAAAGGAAUAUUAUAAAUGAAAUCAAAUCAAUAAGGCAAAAGGAAUUAAGAUCCUUAUUAAAAAAAUCUUUGGUGUGGUCCGUAACUUCUUUUCUUUGGUUCGUGACACCGACCUUGGUGACAGGUGUCACUUUCGCCAUCUGUACAUUUGUUCAACAUGAAGAUUUGAAUGCCCCGCUUGCUUUCACUACUUUGUCACUCUUCACUUUGUUAAAGACACCCCUGGAUCAAUUAUCAAAUAUGCUAAGUUUCAUAAAUCAAUCAAAAGUCUCUCUAAAAAGAAUAAGCGAUUUUUUAAGGAUGGACGAUACAGAAAAAUAUAAUCAACUAACCAUAUCUCCAGACAAAAAUAAAAUUGAAUUUAAAAAUGCGACUUUAACCUGGAAUGAAAAUGACAGCGAUAUGAAUGCAUUCAAAUUAUGUGGUUUGAAUAUUAAAUUUCAAAUUGGUAAGUUAAAUUUGAUUUUGGGUUCUACAGGAUCUGGUAAAAGUGCAUUGCUGCUGGGUUUACUGGGUGAACUAAAUCUAAUUAGUGGCUCUAUCAUUGUUCCGAGCUUAGAACCAAAGCAUGAUUUAAUUCCCGACUGCGAAGGUUUAACCAAUUCCUUCGCAUAUUGUUCACAAAGUGCGUGGCUAUUAAAUGACACGGUAAAAAACAAUAUUAUCUUUGAUAACUUCUAUAACGAGGAUAGGUACAACAAAGUAAUUGAUGCAUGUGGGCUGAAAAGAGACCUGGAGAUUUUACCAGCAGGUGACCUAACAGAAAUUGGUGAAAAGGGUAUAACUUUAUCAGGAGGGCAGAAACAGAGAAUUUCCUUGGCGAGAGCUGUUUAUUCGAGUGCUAAGCAUGUCUUACUAGAUGAUUGUUUGAGCGCUGUCGAUUCACAUACUGCUGUAUGGAUCUAUGAAAAUUGCAUCACAGGUCCACUAAUGAAAAAUAGAACCUGCAUUUUAGUUACGCACAAUGUUUCAUUAACACUUAGAAAUGCCCAUUUCGCGAUUGUGUUGGAAAAUGGCAAAGUGAAGAAUCAAGGAACUAUUACAGAAUUACAAAGCAAAGGGCUUUUUAAGGAAAAAUAUGUUCAACUUUCUUCUCGAGAUAGCAUUAAUGAAAAGAACGCUAAUAGAUUAAAAGCUCCCAGAAAAAAUGACUCUCAGAAAAUCGAACCUGUCACCGAGAACAUAAAUUUUGAUGCAAAUUUUGUCAAUGAUGGCCAGCUAAUAGAAGAGGAAGAAAAAUCAAACGGUGCCAUAAGCCCCGAUGUUUAUAAAUGGUACCUGAAAUUUUUUGGAGGCUUCAAAGCUUUAACAGCCCUGUUCGCUCUUUAUAUCACAGCUCAAAUUUUGUUCAUCAGUCAGUCUUGGUGGAUACGACAUUGGGUCAACGAUACCAAUGUACGAAUAAAUGCUCCAGGUUUUGCGAUGGACACGCUGCCAUUAAAAGGGAUGACCGACUCUUCGAAAAAUAAACAUAAUGCAUUUUAUUACUUAACCGUAUAUUUUCUUAUUGGUAUCAUUCAGGCAAUGCUAGGUGGUUUUAAAACAAUGAUGACGUUUUUAUCCGGUAUGCGAGCCUCCAGAAAGAUCUUUAAUAAUCUGCUAGAUCUAGUUCUACAUGCCCAAAUACGAUUUUUCGACGUGACGCCGGUUGGUAGAAUCAUGAAUCGCUUUUCAAAGGACAUCGAAGGUGUUGAUCAAGAAUUGAUUCCAUACUUAGAAGUAACUAUAUUUUGCCUAAUUCAAUGCGCAUCAAUUAUAUUUCUCAUUACCGUAAUAACUCCUCGCUUUUUGACAGUCGCCGUUAUCGUUUUUGUUUUAUAUUUCUUUGUGGGGAAAUGGUACUUAACGGCAAGUAGAGAAUUGAAAAGGUUAGAUUCAAUAACCAAAUCACCCAUUUUUCAACAUUUCUCAGAGACCUUGGUAGGCGUUUGCACAAUUCGUGCAUUUGGCGACGAGAGGAGAUUCAUUUUAGAAAAUAUGAACAAAAUUGACCAAAAUAACAGAGCAUUCUUUUAUUUAUCAGUUACUGUCAAAUGGUUUUCUUUUAGAGUCGACAUGAUUGGCGCAUUCAUUGUUUUAGCAUCAGGUUCUUUUAUUCUGCUCAAUAUUGCAAAUAUUGACUCGGGUCUUGCCGGCAUUUCUUUGACAUAUGCCAUUUUGUUUACAGAUGGUGCUUUAUGGUUAGUUAGACUGUACUCAACAUUUGAAAUGAACAUGAACUCUGUUGAAAGACUAAAAGAAUAUUCUAGCAUUGAACAAGAGAACUAUCUUGGCCAUGAUGAAGGCCGCAUUCUACUUCUAAACGAACCAUCGUGGCCAAAAGAUGGAGAAAUUGAAAUUGAAAACUUAUCUUUACGUUACGCGCCAAAUUUGCCUCCUGUCAUAAGAAAUGUUAGUUUCAAAGUGGAUCCUCAAAGUAAGAUUGGGAUUGUCGGAAGAACUGGCGCAGGCAAAUCUACCAUAAUAACGGCAUUAUUCAGAUUACUAGAACCAAUAACCGGAUGUAUCAAAAUAGAUGGGCAGGAUAUAAGUAAAAUUGAUCUCGUUACAUUACGUCGUUCCAUUACUAUCAUCCCUCAGGACCCUAUUCUAUUUGCAGGUACAAUCAAAAGUAAUGUUGAUCCAUAUGAUGAAUAUGAUGAAAAAAAAAUAUUCAAAGCACUUUCACAAGUAAAUCUAAUUUCUUCACAUGAAUUUGAAGAAGUGCUUAACUCGGAGGAACGCUUUAACAGCACUCAUAAUAAAUUUUUAAAUCUUCACACAGAAAUAGCUGAGGGCGGCUUAAAUCUGUCCCAAGGUGAAAGGCAAUUGCUUUUUAUUGCACGAUCAUUGUUACGCGAGCCAAAGAUAAUACUUUUGGACGAGGCUACUUCCUCUAUUGAUUACGAUUCUGACCAUUUAAUUCAGGGUAUUAUAAGAAGUGAGUUUAAUAAAAGCACAAUUCUUACUAUUGCACAUCGUUUGAGAUCUGUUAUCGAUUACGACAGGAUAAUUGUGAUGGAUGCCGGUGAGGUAAAAGAAUAUGAUCGCCCUAGUGAACUGUUGAAAGAUGAACGCGGUAUAUUUUAUAGUAUGUGUCGUGACAGUGGGGGCCUAGAGCUUUUGAAGCAAAUAGCCAAGCAAUCAAGUAAGAUGAUGAAAUAA